AUGGCAUUGGCCGUGACGCGCUACUGCCUCGUCUCGCUCCCGGUGCUCGAAUCGGCAGCUGCGACAUGGGCAGCAUUGCAGCAAGGGAUCUCCAGAGUCGCCUUCGACACACCGACUUACAAGAUCAAUGGCGUGGUGGAGGGAGUGACACACAAGAUUCGUCGCCAGAUCGAGGAUUUGGAUCAUCACGCUGGAGUGGAAGCGAGCGCUCUUACAGUCGAUGGGAUUUACGUGGGACGAGGCGAAAUUAGAGUAGCAGAGUACACGAAUGUGAAAACACAACUCAGUGCUAUCAAUCGCAGGCAAACUGGAAGGUCUGUCGCGGUCAUUCGUGCUGGAAAAACUGAGUUUUUGGUUCUUUGUAGCAUGGCCGCGCGUGACAUCUCCAACCUGGUGAAGCCGUCCGACGUUAUCAGCACGGAGCACCUGGUGACUUUAGUGGUGGUAGUCUCAAAGUUUUCGCAAAACGAAUGGCUAAAGAGCUACGAAAGUCUCACUGACUUUGUGGUAAGACAGCGCGCUCUAACCGACAAGAUUUUGAUCAAAACGUUUCAGGUUCCUCGAUCAUCUGCGAAGCUACACGAGGACAACGAGUAUGCUCUGUACACCGUGAUCCUCUUUCGCAAGGUAGCAGACAACUUCAAAUCAGCUGCACGAGAGAGAGGCUUCCAGGUUUUCAGUGCGUGGAUGCACAUAUGUGCCAUCCGGAUCUUUGCCGAGAGUAUUUUGAGAUACGGCCUUCCUCCAAAUGGCUUUUGGAAAUCUGACGAAGAUGGUGGUGGCGUGGCUGGAAUCGUGGGAGGAGAAGUGGAAGCUCAUCCAUAUGUAUCGUUCACUUUAAACUUGGCUGGAUGA